UUAUGAAAAAAAAAAAAUAUUUCCUCUCCCCCCUCUCUCUCUGUCUCUGUCUGUUUCUCUCUCUCUCUACUCUCUAGGGAUUGAUUAGUUAUAAAGAACCCUCUCUCUAAUUCAACAAACCCUCUCUCGCUCUCUCUCUCUCUCUCUCUCAAUUUCUCGCUCUCUCUGACUAGCUAGGGUUUCGUCUCUCACUGGCAACGAAGGACACCAAAGGUACUACAAUUUCUAGGGUUUUUCCUUCUCUCCACGCCCACAAUCAACAACCUUCCUUCAUUUUUUUUCUCUGAUCGUGGAAACCUCAAUUUGAAUUUUCUGCAACACCGCAACAAAUUUCUGCUUCCGAGCUGGAUCGUCGUUCCGGCCAGAAUUUCGUUGUCGAUUACAUUCAGUUUAUGCAAAGUACAAUGCAAAAGAUGCAGAUAAUGAGCUUGUAAUUCCCGCGAGAGAAUUGCGGGCAUUUGGAUGUUGAAUGAUUGUUUCCAUGGAUUUGAAUGCCUCACCGGUACCUGAAGAAGAUGAAGACACUUUUGGACAGCAUAUAGAAGAAUAUACAGCACCAGAAGAACGUAUAGAGUCUGCAGUUGAUAUAGCACGCCGGGAGCGUGAUGAAAGACGCAAGCGAUUGAAAAGAGAACGUCCAGAUGACAGACCAGUCCAUGUACCUCAACCAGUUGCAUAUGAUCAGUUUUAUUAUACAAAAAACGUUAAAACUUAUGACAAAAGCAGGCUUCCCCCUGGUUGGUUGGAAUGCCCUGCUGCUGGUCAGGAAGUAUGUGGUGUCAUGAUUCCUUCUAAGGUUCCACUUGGUGAAUCCUACAAUGACAAUGUUCCUCCUGGUAAAAGAUACUCAUUUAAGCAAGUGAUUCAUCAACAAAGAGUUUUAGGAAGAAAACUUGGUUUGGUGAUUGAUUUGACAAAUACUACACGUUACUAUCCAGCAACGGAUUUGAAGAAAGAGGGUAUCAAGCAUGUUAAGAUUCAAUGCAAGGGGCGGGAUUCUGUACCUGACAAUGCAUCUGUAAAUAACUUUGUCUAUGAGGUCUCACAAUUCGUUGCUCGCCAGAAACACUCAAAGAAGUAUAUUCUUGUCCAUUGUACACAUGGGCAUAAUCGCACUGGAUAUAUGAUUGUUCAUUAUAUUAUGCGCUCACUUCAAGCUUCUGUCACCCAGGCAAUCAAAAUGUUUGCUGACGCACGUCCUCCAGGAAUUUACAAACCAGACUAUAUUGAUGCACUGUAUACAUUUUAUCAUGAAAAGAAGCCUGAGAUGGUUGUUUGCCCUUCAACUCCAGAGUGGAAAAGAUCUUCUGAUCUUGAUCUUAAUGGUGAAGCAGUGCCAGAUGAUGAUGAUGAUGGAGUUUCGGCUGCUCCCAUGCAUGAGGCCCAUGAGAUAGAUGUAGAGAUGACCAAUGAUGAUGUAUUAGGAGAUGAGAUACCUAGGGACCAGCAAGAUGCAAUGCGUCAUUUCUGCUAUCAAACACUUAGGUUGGGUGUUGGGGUAGGCUCUUUAAACUCCUCUCUAAUUUGUCAUGUCUGCAGUAUUACACCGUUGUAUUUAAGAUAGAGAAAUCUUAGUUUG